AUGCCACAGACAAAACGGAAACAAUAUUCGACAAAUGAUUUAAGAAAAGCUGUUUCCCAAUACAAAAGAUUAAAAGAAAAUGGUGAAGAACCUUCAAUAAGAAAGACUUCAGCAGAAUAUAAUAUUCCACCAUCUACUCUUAAAAAAUAUAUAGAUAGAGGUGAAGAUUAUAUUGAUGGUCAUGUUAUAAAACAAGGACUUGUAUUACUUUAUGAGACAAUGAUAGUUAGAUAUUGUCAAGAUAAAGCUGAUUUUGGACAUACUGUUACUAUAAAUGAUUUCAAAGCAAUAGCAAAUGCAUUAGUUGAAGAAAUGAAUGAAUAUAUUGAAGGUGGUUAUGAUAAUAAUUUAAAAUUUGGUAGAACUUGGUUUGAUAAUUUCAGAAAAAGACAUCCUGAGUUAAAUAAAGAAGAGAUGAAAGGUAUACCAAAAAGUGAAUUUAAAAAUGGUGAAUAUGAAACUUUUUUAUAUUGGUUUGUAAAAUAUAAUGAAAAAAUUAAAGAUUAUAGUUUAUUACCAGAAAAUAUUUAUGAUUUUAAUGAAAUUAAUUUUCAAGCGGAUAUUAAUAACGAUGAAUUUAUUUUUAAAUCAAUUGAUGCCAAAAAUAAGAUAAAAGAAGAAAAUGGAGAUACAGAGUUUAAUUCAAUUUUAGAAUGUAUUAAUCAAACAGGUAAAGUUAUAAAACCUAUGAUUGUGUUUAAUGAUCAAACUAAAGGCACUAAGUUGGUCUUGGAAAGUAACAAGAUACCCAAUUGGGAAUAUUUAGUGAAUGAGAAUGAAACAUCAUCAAAUUCCAUAGGACUUAAAUGGUUAGAAACUGUGUUCAUACCAGAAGUAAAAGCGGGUUUAAAUAAUGAUGAAUUUAAAGGAUUAAUAAUCCUGGAACAAAAUAAAAAUUAUAUAUCACCAAAUUUUAUUUUAAAAUGUUAUGAUUUUAAUAUUAUACCAUUAUAUUUCCCACCUACCAAUAAUCAUAUGUUUCAACCAUUAGAUCAUAUAAAAUUUGAGAAUUUUAGAAUGGAAUUAAUUAUUGAAUUAAAUCAAAUUAAAUCUUGUUCAAAUCAACUUGCAUUUAUUGAAAGUUAUGAAAAAUUAAGAAAACAAUUUUUUAAACCAGGAAAUAUUAAAGCUUCAUGGCAAAAAUCAGGUUUAUAUCCAAUAAAUCCAAAUAUAAUAUUAGAUCAAACAGGAAUCAAAAAAAAACCAAAUCCAUAUAAUUAUAAUAUAAAUAUUGAUUUUAUGGAAAUUGAUGAAUAUCAAAUUCCAGAUGAAGAAAUUACAAAAGAAAUAGAAGAAAAUCUUGAAAUAAUUAAAAAUAGUAAAAAUAAAAUAAAAAAACAAUCUAUUUUUUCAUAUAAAAUAAUUAGAUUAGCAAGAAAUUCAUUAAAAAAUGAAUUUUUAGAAGUUUCAAAAAUGAUAUUGAAUCAUACUGAUUGUUGUUGCUCUGCUUGUAAGUUAAGUUUAAAGGAAGUUAAAAGAAUUAUAGGUUGA